GGGGUUUUCUUGGCAUACCCCUGCAUGCACUAAACCAGAUAGAGACCGAGGUGACUUGACAGCAAAGCUGCGUGCUCCACAGGUUACCUAAGAAUCUAACAUGGUCCUGGAGAGAUGUAGGUUUCAACAAGAUGAAAUGGCUUCUCAAUAGCAUUCCGAGGUUCGAAGCCCGCCAUGUCUUAUUUGGAUAUAGAACACGAUCCCUAAACACUCUCGCCUCAGGUCUUCGCCAUGCAGAGCGAGUGAGUGUGCCUGUGGGCUCGUCUGGCAGUGUACAUAUCGAUCUGCAUAACUUAGCUAAGGUCUCGUCAUCCGAGCCACUGCUAGUCUACUUGCCACCGUACUCCACGGCGGCCCCCGCGAGUGAUGUAACACACUUGCCAAGGUUUGCUCAGAGAUGUGCAACAGCCGUGAUUCAUUACCGUUGGAUGGAAUCCGAGCCCAAUGAAGAAAAAAUAGAGGACUCCGAGUCGGAUGGCGGUGAGGCAUCGGUCCAUCGGCGCUUUCAUCCAGGCUGGCCAGCGCCCAUCCACGAUACUCUGAAGGCUUACACAUGGAUCGUUGAAAAUUUGGCCCCUACGAGUUACGGACGUAGAGAUAUAUAUGUCUAUGGCUCGUAUCUUGGUGCCUCGUUAGCCACUUCAUUGACUCUGACUGAGUCCCAUCCACAUGAGCGGAUGGCCGUCCGGGGAUGCGUGGCCUAUAACGGUGUCUAUAAUUGGACGAUGUUCUUACCGGAUCAUCCUAUCAACAAGCUACCGGUAUCAUCAUCGAGGAACUUCCUGGAAGACAUACUCUCUCUUCCUGCAGAUCCAGAGUUCCAGGGGAUGAAGCAAAUGACGGACGAACUAUUUAAUAAGCCCGGCGAUUUGUUCGAUCCGUUUGCCAGCUCUUGUCUUCUAUUUCACACGCCAGGGCUCCUCGUCCCUCCAUCUUUCAACGAGUCUGCGAUUGCUCCCUCAUCUGCUCUAGCUGACCUGUCAUGGCUGCCUGACGAGGCGGUAGAGGAGCUCAUGCCUCUCAAGCAUCCCCGGAAAAGCCCGCUAGUCUUUCCUCCUCGCAAGUCAACGCUGAAAAUUCCCGAGACGCUGCUAAUACAUGAUACGCCGCCGCCUCUCCCACCAUCCUGGCUGAGGAGACUUCAGCGACGGAAGAAGAAGAACUUUGGGAAUAAUUUUCGAACCCAGGCGGAGGAGCUGGCUAGUUAUAUGCGCAGGAGUAUUAAUAAGAUUGAACUCAGGGAGCGUAUGAAGUGGGACGAAGAUAUGGAUGAUUGGAAUGACGAGGCCUAUAGGCGGAUCCAGGUGCAUGAAGCGAAUGACAAUGCCAGUGCUGACGGCCUUGCUUUUAGGUGGUUGGAAGAUCGAAUGCUUAGGAGCCCAGCCACGUACCAGACCUCGUAGCUUUGAGAUAUCAAUUCAUGCAUUUGAAGGCAUUUUCAAUAUCGUAUGGCAUUAAAUAUGCGGCUGAUCGCGAUCUUUUACUACUUUACUAGGUGCCUACCAACUUUGAAGAUAGCACAACGCUACCCUGAUAGAUGUGUAGGUAGGCAUACGUGUGUGAGCCCUCAUGCCUAGGUAUCCUUAAUAGCUCAAGGGGACUGAGCAUAACGUAGAUUUUAGCCCCUACCUGCUGUGCAGGGUGCGCCGUUUCUGUUUCGGUUAAUUUCAGAGUACCUAGGUAGAUACUUAAUUCGAAAUGGCUUUAUCAAGCUGAAUCUCUUGUAAGAUACUUAGGCGAUCGUAGUUCGAG